CGAUGGUGAUGGAACCUGCUAGUUAGUUUCUACCAUCGUUGAUUGCAUUUUUCUGCCCUCGUUCGUGGGUGUGAGUUUGAUCUAUUCUCUAAUUGAAGUUGAGAUGACAGGUUGAGAUUUAUUAUCCUGAAAAGUUGGAAGAAACAAUCUCAAACCCCUACCAUGGUGAAAAGAAGAAGAAGAAAAAAAAAAAAAAAAAAAACCCACUUUUUCAACACCAAUGUGACCAUUCAACAACCUUCUUGUUCAAUCAAUCAAAAUAGACAUGACAAUACGACGGUACCAUUAAAGCCCCAUCACAGUUGGGUUUCAUCUGCUACCAUUAAUGAAACCCAGCUAGACAACAAGAGUGGCAGUUGAAGAAGAAUCUGCAUAAAUGGUAAUAGAGAGAGAAUUCAAAUUCAUCAGGCCCUAAUUCCUUAAAAAUUUCUUAGGGAAAAAUGGAAGACCUGACUAUGAGUGGUGGUUUGGAUUUGGAGAGGGAAUUGGAGGAGCUGAGGGAGACUUACAGGUCUGGAAAGACUAAAGAAGCAUCUUGGAGGAGGUCACAGCUUAGGGCUUUGCUUAAUCUACUUCAGGAAAGAGAAGAUGACAUUUUCCAGGCUCUCAAACAGGACAUUGGCAAACAUCCUGUUGAGUCCUACAGAGAUGAGAUAGGAACACUGAUAAAAUCUGUAAAUUAUGCUUUGGGAUGCUUAAAGCAAUGGAUGUCAAGCAAAAGGGCUAAGUUGCCUGUAGUUGCAUUCCCUUCAACAGCAGAAUUGGUUCCUGAGCCUCUUGGUCUUGUCCUUGUUAUGUCAUCUUGGAAUUUUCCCUUUGGACUAUCAUUGGAACCUUUAAUUGGAGCAAUAGCUGCAGGAAACGUAGUGGUUCUAAAACCUUCAGAGCUAGCUCCUGCGUGUUCUUCAAUUCUAGCUAAGACCAUCCACUCUUACCUAGACAACAAAGCUGUGAAGGUUAUUCAAGGUAGCCCUUCUGUUGGUGACCAACUCUUGCAACAGAAAUGGGACAAGAUUUUCUUUACAGGUAGUACAAGAGUGGGGCGAAUUGUUAUGUCAGCAGCUGCAAAGCAUCUAACGCCUGUCACAAUGGAGUUGGGUGGAAAGUGCCCUGCAGUAGUUGAUUCACUCUCUGGUUGUUGGGAUAAAGAAGUGGUGAUAAAACGAGUUCUUGUGGGUAAAUUUGGGACCUGUGCUGGUCAAGUAUGCAUAGGAAUUGAUUAUAUCCUUACAGAAAAGACAUUCACAUCCACUUUGGUUGAACAAAUGAAGGCCUUGAUCAAGAAAAUGUUUGGAGAUAACCCAAAAGAGUCGAACAGUAUUGCAAGGAUAAUCAACAAGCACCACUUCUUGAGAUUGAAAACACUAUUAGAUGACCCUAGGGUUAAAGCUUCUGUUGUCCAUGGUGGUUCACUCGACGAAGAUAACUUGUUCAUAGAGCCAACAAUAUUGGUUGAUCCCCCACUUGAGACUGCAAUCAUGGGUGAAGAAAUCUUUGGACCAUUGCUUCCGAUAAUUACUUUGCAGAAAAUUGAAGAUAGUAUUGAAUUUAUAAAGUCGAGGCCUAAGCCGCUUACUAUCUAUGCCUUCACCAAAAAUGAAGCACUCGGGAGAAGGCUCGUAUUUGAGACAUCAUCAGGAAGUGUGACAUUCAAUGAUGCGAUUAUACAAUAUGCAGCAGAUACUCUCCCAUUUGGAGGAGUCGGUGAAAGUGGUUUCGGAAGGUAUCAUGGAAAAUUCUCUUUCGAUGCGUUCACACACGAGAAGGCAGUCUUCAGAAGAAGUUUACUUACAGAGUUUUGGUUUAGAUUUCCUCCAUGGAAUGAUUACAAAAUGCAGCUCCUCAAGUCAUCUUACCAUUUUGAUUAUCUCAGUAUAAUUCUCAUCAUAUUGGGCUUAAAGAAGACUAAGAAGUCUGCACUGGACUAAACAUCCCCCCAAUAAUGUUAAUAUGUUGUAGCUCCUUGUAUAAGUUUGUUUGUUACCUGAUAAAAACUGAAAAUCAAUAGUUGAAAUCUAAAAUUAUGUACUGAAACUGAUUACUUUAUUAUUAUUAUUAUUAUUAUUAUUAUUAUUAUUAAUUUAAAAA